UGAUGAUGAUAAGAAGAAAACAUUGAUGCCAAAAAGAAAUUGUAUCUAUUUUUGGAAAGAAUACUCUAUGGAAGCUAAGCAGAGUGAAGAAAUUAAUGGCAACAAGGAUCAUAAUAAGCUUAAAAGGGAAAUGGGAGAGGUUGGAGAAGGAAACGAUAACUUGAAACUUUCAUUGGCAAAGCUUGUAAAGGAUUCAACUAGCGAUGAAGAAAGUGAACUUGUUUCCCUUUCUCUUGGAAUUUCAUCCACAGGCCAACAUGAGAUGAAGAAAAAGAAGAAUAGAAAUGAAAAGAUGAGAGAAAAUGAGGAUUUGAAAGAUAUACUUGCACUUGGAUUAGAUAUCAGAUUUGACUCUUCAGCUAUAAAAAAUCUAAGCCAUGAAAGUAGUUGUGAUGGGGAAAGGAAGGAAGAGGAACUUUCAGAGACAUGGCCACCAAGUAAAGUUGUCAAGACAAUUAUGAGAACUAGAGAUAAAAGUGAAGUUUCUCAACAUGCUGAACUCAAGAAGGCCAGGGUUUGUAUCAGAGCGAGAUGUGAUACCCUAACGGUUCAAAGAUGUGCUGAAGACAUGUCAAUCUUGAUUACCACCUAUGAAGGAACUCACAACCACCCACUUCCUACUUCAGCCACUACCAUAGCCUACACAACUUCUGCAGCAGCUUCCAUGCUUCAGUCUCCUUCAUUGAGCUCACAACUAGGACCAGCCAAUUCAGAUACGGUCCCUCUCAUCAAUUCUAGCGUUGCUUAUAACCUUAAUGCCCUAAACUUCACAUCAUCAAGCUAUGAUCAGCAGUUUUCAAAAUCAUCACAACACUUGUACUUCCACAACUCAUCUAUUUCAACCUCUAAUUCUCACCCCACAAUCACUCUUGACCUCACCUCACCUCAAACUUCACCUCAUGUUGGAAAGUUCACCCCAGGCUUGUCUUUCAUACCAAAACAUUCAUCAACAAAUCUUCAUUUUUCCUCAAGUACUUUCUCUCCUUUGCAAUCAAGCAUGCUACAGUCACCUUGGAGUCCUUAUGGUGAUUGCUUCAACUAUGAGGGAUUGAUCACCCAAAAUAGUAACCAAAAUGGUUUCCUUACUAAGACUGGAAAACAACCAUUUCAGGGGCAUCUUUAUCAACCCAAUUACAUUAGCAACCGUGUCAUUUCUCAACAACCUUUACCUGAUUCUGUUGUAGCUGCAACCAAGGCAAUCACGGCUACCCCAAAAUUUCAAUCUGCAAUAGCAGCUGCACUCACAGCAUAUGUUGGUAAUGGGGUUAGAGAAAAUCAUGUUGGGGCUGAAAGUGCAGGUUUGGACUUAAAUCUAGGUGGAGAUAUGCCAUACACAACGAAGAAGGCAGAUUACACUUCUAAUGCAUCAAGGUACAAGAGAAUGUCAUCUUCUGCUCCUACUGCUCCAAAAAGAAAUUUGGUCAUAUCUCAACCAUUACAAGCAUCUAAAAGCUCCUUUGGAUCGUCGUCUCUUAAAAGUAACCAAUUCAUAGACCAAUAGAAGUGAAACAAAGCGUUAAUAAUACAUUAUUCCAUACACACUCUCUUAUUGGUUAAAAUGUAUUGAAAAUAACAAACUCAAGCGAGUUAUUAAAUAAGAUGUGAGAUUCACCAAAUUUUGUAAUUUCUAAAAAAU